AUGGAGUUUUAUAGGGUAAAGAAGAAGGAUCUUCAUAUGGUCUUUAUUGAUUUAGAGAAGGCAUAUGAUAAGGUGCCAAGAGAGGUACUUUGGUGGGCAAUGUUGAAGAAAGGUAUCCCACGAAGGUACGUGGACCUGGUUAAGGAUAUGUAUCGGGAUGUGACAACAAAUAUGAGGACGUAUGGAGGGUUGACAAAAUAUUUCCCUAUUACAAUCGGAUUGCAUCAAGGGUCUGCAUUAAGCCCUUUUCUUUUUGCAACGGUUCUAGAUGAAGUAACUAGACCAAUUCAAGAUGAGGUUCUAUGGUGUAUGUUGUUCGCAGAUGAUAUCGUUUUGGUGGAUGAAACUAAGGAUGGGGUUAAUGUUAAGUUGGAGCAAUGGAGACAAAGGUUGGAAUCUAGAGGGUUUAAGCUAAGUCGGAGUAAGACUGAAUAUUUGAAAAAUGGUGACAUUGAUCAAGACGUGGCUCACAGGAUUAAGUCGGGGUGGCUUAAAUGGAGAGCGGCCACGGGAGUGUUAUGUGACCGAAGAAUUCCCUUACAGUUGAAGGGAAAAUUCUAUAGGACUUCCAUAAGACCAGUAAUGAAGAGAAAACAUACUCCAAAUGAAAUGCAAAACAUUACUAGCUUCUUUGCUAAAAAAAAUCCUACUCCAACUUCUCUUCCACAUCCAACACAAAAUGAACAAACUAUAACUCCACCUCAACAAAGUGAGCAACUUUCAUCUCCAUCUCAUUAUUCAACUCAAAAUUCCCCUCAAAAUGAACAAGGCCAAUGUUCUCCUAAUGCCCCAAUCUUUGGAGAAAGAUUAAGUGAACAUGAAUUUGCUAAUCUUCCACAAGAUCCAGGAAAGAGGAGAAAAAUGAGUCAAUUUCAUAAAGAUGAUAGAGAUUUAGUGAGAAGAAUUUACAUUCAAAGAAAGCCUUGUCAGCCCAAAGACUUUACAUUUCCUCAAACUUCUAUUUUUGGCAAAAAUCGUCGCUUUUGUGCUAAGUGGUUUGAUACUUGGACUUGGCUUGAGUAUAGUGUGGAAAAGGAUGCUGCCUAUUGUUUCCCUUGUUAUCUAUUCAAGGAUGAAAAUGCCUUUGGAGGUGAUGCUUUUGUUAGUGAUGGUUUCAAAUCAUGGAAUCGAUCGGAUUUAAUAAGAAAACAUGUCGGUAAACACUUGAGUGCACAUAAUAAUGUUGUUUUAGCUAUGGAUUUGUUCAAGAAACAAAAUUCAAGCAUCACACAAGCCUUAACAAAACAAACCGCUGAGAGUACAAAUGCAUAUAGGACGCGACUUGAAGCUUCAAUUGAAUCUAUCCAAUGGCUUUUACUCCAAGGGUUGCCUUUCCGUGGUCAUGAUGAAAAAGAAAGUUCCUUAAGAAGAGGUAACUUUCUUUCACUUUUAUCCCUUAUUUCCAAAGGUAAUCCUGAAUAUUCUAAAGUUGUUUUCAAAAAUGCUCCUAGUAAUUGUCAACUUACUUCUCCUAAAGUCCAAAAAGAUAUCAUAAAUGCAUGUGCAAAAGAGACCACUAAAGCAAUGCUUGAAGAUAUUGAUGGUGGUUUAUUUUCUAUCCUUGCUGAUGAGUCCGCUGAUGUUUCUGACAAGGAACAAUUGGCUCUUUGUUUGAGAUAUGUUAAUAGAAAGGGAGAAGUGUGUGAGCGUUUACUUGGUAUUGUGCAUGUUGUAAACACUGCUUCUUUGACUCUCAAAACUGCUAUUGAAUCCUUAUUAAUGGAGCAUUCUUUGUCUUUCUCUCAAGUACGGGGUCAGGGUUAUGAUGGGGCAAGUAAUAUGCAAGGUUCUAUUAAUGGCCUUAGGACUCUUAUAGAGAAUGAGUGUAAAGAAGCUUAUUUUGUCCACUGCUUUGCUCACCAACUUCAAUUAACUCAAGUUGCACUUGCUAAAAAGAAUUCAGAUUGUGCUUGGUUAUUUGUUGAUGUACUUGCACCUCUCUUGAAUUUUGUGGGGGGUUCACCAAAAAGGAAAGAGUUUCUUCGUGAAAAUCAAGCUCAAAGAGUGGUGGAUGCAUUGUCUCUAGGUGAACUUGAAACGGGUUCAGGUUUAAAUCAAGAACGUGGAUUAGGUAGACCUUGUGAUACUCGUUGGGGAUCUCACUUCAAGACAAUCUUGAAUGUACUUGAUUUAUUCCCUGUAAUCCUUGGUUCUCUUGAGGAUAUUGCAAAAGUAUCUGAUACAAUAGAUUCUAAUAGAGCUCAAACACUUACAAAUCUUCUGAUGUCCUUUGAUUUUGUGUUCGUGGCACACUUGAUGGUUAGUAUAUUUGCGAUAACAAAUGCUUUGAAUGUGGCCUUACAAAAGCACGAUCAAGACAUUGUGAAUGCAAUGGCCAUGGUUAAUGUAACCAAGACUAAUUUGCAAAAAAUGAGAGAUGAAGGAUGGGAUUCUCAUAUGGAAAAGGUAAUUUCUUUUAUUGGUGACUAUGACAUUGCAGUUCCAGAUAUGGAGGCUAAAUAUGUUGUUCCCGGGAGGAGGUUGUUUAGAGGUAAAUGCCCACAAGUGUCCAAUCUACAUCAUUUUCGAGUUGAAGUUUUUUUUGGUGUCAUUGAUCUUCAAUUGCAAGAACUUGAAAAUCGAUUUCCCGAAAUAACUAAAGAACUACUUGUGUGUAUGUCUUGUUUGAGUCCUGUGGAUCGUUUUUCUAAGUUUGAUAAGGAAAAAUUGAUUAAGCUUGCAAAAUUCUAUCCUAAUGAAUUUCCAAGUUCAGAAUUGAUAGUCUUUGGUCAUACACUUGAUAGUUACAUUUGUUCUGUUAGAGGAGAUGAAAGGUUUUGGAAUUUGAAGGGUCUUAGUGAUCUUUCAAUCAAAUUGGUUGAAACGGGAUUGUCUGAAACUCAUGAUAGGGUCUAUUUACUUUUGAAAUUGGUGUUGCUUCUUCCUGUCGCAACGGCAAGUGUGGAAAGAGUAUUUUCUGGCAUGAAGCAAGUGAAAGACAAACUACGAAAUAGCAUGGGAGAUCAAAUGAGGAUUUCAAUGAUCAAAUCAUUGGGUAAGGACCUUCGAUUAUCUCUCAUUGAUGUAUAA